AGGACAUCCCUCAUGAUUCGAGCACAGUGAUGGGGAGGGCAGGAAUGACAGUAACACCUUUAUUGUGCCAUAAAACCACAUUAGCAAAUGCCCAAGGUGCUGAGCAGUACUAGGGGGAAGAAGAGCUGAAGGCAAGGAAAUCAAUUUGGCACUUCAUCCAAGCCUGGCUGCUCCAGGCACUGGGCAUCAGAGGAGAGACACCUCCUUGGUGGGAAUGCUGAGGAUCACCUCGCUACCCAACAUGCAGCUGAGAGAGAGGAGCGUUAAGAGGGCCAAAGCACAGAGGGGCAAUAAGCCACUGUCCUUGGCUGUCUCAGUAUGAGAAGGAGCAGAAGCAGGAGCAGGGUGACAGCUCAGAUGGUCUGUGCUCAGAGGUGUCCCGUUUCCUGCAUGGCAGUCCUGUCAUCAGGGAGUACAAUGAGGGAGGAGAGCCUGCCUUGUGUCAUCUGUGCCAUCCUCUCUAUGUCCCCAGGGUCCUGCACUGGCUUUCAGUGGGAUCAGCCCAGAUGCUUGUUUUGGGACCCGGGACCUUGCAAGCAGCUGGGGAAGAGGGAAACACUUUUAAACCAGGUGAGGGUAGUGCCCAACUCCUGUUUGGUGCAAACCAGAGCCAAACCUGACCCCCAGUCAACCCAGCAAUAUUUUCUCACGCCUCAUGGUCUGCCACAGUCACUGAAUGCUCUGCCAAACACCAAAAUCAGUUCCAGCCCAAGCCCUGCUCCACCGCCCUCAGACCACCCUCUGUAUGGCAGGCUCAGCCUUCUCAGAGCAGCAGAGCCAGACACAACUCCUGGGGCUCUGAGAGGGAGAAGGAAGGAAGGAAUUCAGCUGCUCUCAUUGUCAAUCCUGAAAGACAAACAGAAGCAGAGAAAGCCUGUUGGAGCAGCCAGGUACAUCUGCUUUCUCGCAGUGGGGACAAGUGCAGCAAGCUGGGCUUGCUCAGAGCUGCCUCAUCCAUCUCCGUCUCAGCAGAGGACAAACUGUGCAUCCAGAGUGCCCCAGCAUAGGGCUCAGACCUACUGGUAAAAUCCACCCAGGGCCUCUGGAAACAGGAGGAUUUUUAAGGAGGGGAAGCUGAAAUGCAGAUGGGAAUGGAUUCAGGGGGGUUACAGCUCCUCUGGGCUCCACACGCUGCCAGCAACAUGCUGGGACCCAGGGAGGGCCAGCACAAGCACUGGGCUCCUCUGCACCCUCACAUUUCCAGGCCGAGCAAUUUGUGGCUGAUUUUGCUCUUUCAAGAUGUGAGUCCAGUGUCUGGAAGCAAAGGGUUAAUUAGCAGAACGAAGGGCUGGUGAUGUCCUGUGAAAAGUUGCAGGGAGGUCAGUGGGAAAGGGCUGAGGAUGGUGGAGAGGCCUCUGGCACAGGCUCCCGCCUGUCAGGGCGGGUAAGCACCAAAUGCCUGACUUGUGAUGUUACAGAAACUUUCCACUUGGGCCUUCCUGCUAUUUUUAACUCUUCUCCCAUCCACCCUCAGUAACCCCAGCCCCACCAGCUGCUGAGGCUAAUUAAUUCCCCUUUUUAUCUUUUUUUUAAGAAACAGAAAAAAAAUCAAGUUCCACUAAUCUAUCACACAGCCACUCGCCUCCUCCCUCCUGACAUGUUCCAGGCUUUCCCCCUCCUUCAGCUCGUGCCUCCAUAGCCACAGCCAUACCCGUCUUCCAGCUAAAACCCAGACCCUGGUGCAGGAGAUCCAGCCACGCUGGAUACCCACACCACUGCUGCUCUGCUCGGUGCGUGUCUGCCCAACAGGCUGAUAUUUUCAUGAAAAAUAAGCCCUGAGUGCACCCGGGGGGCAGGAGCUGGAAUACACCAGGAAGGAAUAAUCCCAUGAGCAGAUCCCCCCCUGAGCACAGGUUGUUGUGUAUCACAGGGCUCUCUCCCUCCUGGCAGGCUGAUGGGAAGAUCAUCCCCACAGGGCAAAUGGGAUUCGUUCUCAGAAAUGGAAUUGUUUGACAUUUAUAAGAUCAACACUGUCUUUAGCCAGGAUGGAAAGCAAAGGUAACAUGACUGUAUAGAUUCAUUUUGCAGUGGUGUGAGCAACUAGCUUCCCAGAUUAUUUUCCAUUGUUUUUUCUAUCUCCUGGAGUUCUGCCCUCAACUGUGUCCAGCCAGUUCUGACAGCAGGUCUGCACCAUUGCCUUCAUCCUUUGCACAGGGAGAAAUCCAGUCACUGCUCAUUCCUCAGAGCUGGGAAAUGUCCUUUUGCACCAACCCUGACCUUACCCUCAGGCACUGCUGCUUGCACUGGCAGCACCGAGGAAUCUGUCACCGUGCCUGGUGCUGCUCAACACAGGAGUGGCUCUGGGAAGCAGAGUGGUGCUCCAGCAGCCAGCUGGAGCCAGGGACAGUAGGGAGGAAUGGAUUUAGUAGGCUGUUGCAGGGGUGAUACUGCUGCUGAUGGGGAACCCCUCCCGGCUCACUCUUUUGUCCAUUUGACAGCCUCUGUGCCUCCUGGGACACUCCCGUUGCUCCUCACCAUCCCGUUGAUCCUCACCAUCCUCUGCCCUUCGGGGACCCCCGGGCCCCAUCGCCCGCCGGGAGCCCCUCUUCUCUGAGGCCUCUGGGGAUGCCCGGUAUCCCCGUAACCGGAGCCGGUUCCCACGGCGACAGCGGGGGGGCUCGGGGACCGGGCGAGGCCCGAGCUCACGGGAACGGGCGGAAGGGACGCCCCCUGCCGGCUCCGCCCCGGCACCGCACCGGGACGGGAUCCCCGGGACGGGAUCACCGGGCGGGGUCUGGGUGUCCGGGACUGGAAGCAGCUGUGGCAGCCCGAGCAGCCUGGCGGGACUGGCUCCGGGCUGCUUGUGGGGAGGCCGGGGCCGGGAAGGAAUAGAGGGAAGGCCGUCCCGGGAAGCCCGGGUAGAGACGGGCCCGAUGCACAGGACCAACGGGGAUGGCCAGACGCCUCCGGCCCCGCAGAGCUGCUCGACGCCACGGGCGUGCCGUGGUAAUGCGCACCCAGCCGGUCCUGCCGGCGGGGUGGCAGCGAAGACCGGAGAUGUGUGGGAGCGGCCGAGCAGGUGCUCCGUGCCAGGGCCAUGCGGGCGAGGGGUGCCGGGCAUGACCUCCGGCUAUACCGAGCGGGAACGGCUCGGGGAGGCGCCGCCCGCAGGCCCGGUGCAAAGCCGCGGUGGAGAACUGUGUGAUGUUCCCCGCGCAGCGCGGCUCCGGGACGGCGUGGGCAGCGCCCGAGGCUGCGGGUCGGGCCGGCAAGAGGGAAGGCCCCGGUGCCCCGGCUGGCCACAAUGUCGGGGCAGCCGGCAGGGUCGGGACAGGCCACAGUUCCUGCACAGGACGGCGACAGCCCGCGGUGCCCGGUCUGUCGCGGUGCCCGGUCUGUCGCGGUGCCCGGUCAGUCGCGGUGACCGCUCAGUCGCGGUGCCCGGUCUGUCGCGGUGCCCGCGCAGCCGCGGUGCCCGGUCUGUCGCGGUGCCCGCUCAGUCGCGGUGCCCGGUCUGUCGCGGUGCUCGGUCUGUCGCGAUGCCCGCUCAGUCGCGGUGCCCGGUCUGUCGCGGUGCUCGGUCUGUCGCGAUGCCCGGUCUGUCGCGGUGCCCGGUCGGGUCGGGCGCGGCCCCGCGCGGUCCCCUGUCACCACAGCAACUGGCGGCGGAGGCGCAGCCAAUGGGCGCGGCCCCCGGCGGGCCCGCGCGCGGCGGCGACAGCCAAUGGGCGCGUCCCCCGGUGGGCAGCCCGCGGUCUCCGGGGCAACAGCGCCGCCGCCGCCGCCCCAUUGGUGCCGCCCAGCGGAGGGGGCGGGGCCUGGCCGGGAGGGGCGUGUCCCCACGCGUGGCACCAGGGAGCCGCGUGUCCGCCUCGUGGGCUGCGCGUUCCCCGCCCGGCGCUCCCAUCCCCGCCGGGGGCCGAUCCACCGGGAGAUGCCGCUGGAAUGGGUGGCGGGGACAUGCCCACAAAGGCGUCGAUGUUCCCACGAUGCGUAGCGCCGAGCGGUGGAAGCCCUAGUGAGCGGCCCAGGGACUGUUCCGGGCCGGGCCCUGCCCGGGCGACCGGGAGCACCGGGUGUCCCGAGAGCCCGGCGGGCCGGCAGGGCAGGGUUCAAGCGCAGCAUUGUGGGGUGAUACUCGGUGUUCCGGCCGGUCAGACCCGUGUACAGGCUCCCGGCGAACCGCGAGGGGUGUGGGUGCUCUCCAGGGUGCGGAUGUCAGGGUCACCGGGGACAUCGGGGUGCCUAGACCAUGGGAGUAGCGGGUUACUGGCAGGAGCCGGAGCAUCCUCAGAUGGGUGCCUGAGAGCACAGAGAGGUACCAGAGCACCGGGAUGCUUUUCUGAAGGUGCCGGGUGUCACAGAGGGUUCUGUGCUGCUCGGGUCGGGGUACUGGGGGCUGCCGUGUUGCCGUGCGGGCGGUACCGGGGCCAUCGACCUGCCGGGUUAGCGGGGGGUAGCGGGGCGUGCCGUGUCUAGCGGGGGGGUCCCGGGGACUACCGCGGUACCGGGGCGUGCCGGGCGGUACCGGGGGUACCGGGGCGUGCCGCCCUGCCAUUCUCUCCAGCAACCCCUCUCGGCGGGCGCCCAUUGGCUGAGCGGGAUCUGCCCCCCCGCCCCGCGGCCAAUGGGCGGCGGGGGGCGGGGCCCUCCAUUGACAGAGCCGGCGCGGCGGUGUUUACCGGGGGCGGCGGGGGCGGGGCGGCGCUGGCUAUAAGAGCGGCACCGAGGGGCGUACGGCUCCCGGGCUGCCCGUACCGCCCCCGCGCACCCUCGACCCACACCUGGACCCGCCGCAACCACCCUACACCGUUCCCGACCGAAGCAUCUGCCGACUUAAACGGGGAGGAUCACCGGGGCGGCUGGGAGCGGAGCAACCCCGGGGCGGAGCCCUCACGGCGUGCAGCAUCCCCAGGCAGCGCGGAGCAUCCCCGAGCCGGUACAGAGCAUCCCGGAACAUCCUCGGGUCGGCGCCGAACAUCCCGGGGUUAGUGCGAAGCAUCCCCGAGACUGUACGGAGCAUCCCAGAGCAUCCUCAGACCGGUACCGAGCAUCCUCGAGGUACUACAGAACAUCCCGGCGCAUCCUCAGACCGGUACUGAGCAUCCUCGAGGUGCUACAGAGCAUUCCGGAACAUCCUCGGACCGGUGCAGAGCAUUCCGAGACAGGACCGCUACAGAGCAUCUCGGAGCCGGAGACCAUCGGGCCAUCCCAGGGCCCUUCCGGAGCAUCUCCGCGGCCGCCGCCCCGGCGGAGCCGGCCCCGCCGUGCGCCCCCGGGCCCCGUCGCGGCCGCCUGCGCCCCGCCCCGCCGCCGCCCGCUCCGCACAAUGGGGGCGGCGCGGCGCGGCGCGUAGCGGCGGGCGGGGAGGCGGCGGCGGGCAGGGAGGCGGCGGCGGGAGGGGAGGAGGAAGAGGCGGAGGCGGCGGCGGGGUACCCGACUCCGGGAUGGUGCAGCGCGGCCCGCGGGGCCGGGGCGCGGAGGCUCGGCGGGAGCCCUGCGCCCCACUGCCCGCCCGUGACACCGAGCCCGCCUGGUGCAAGACGCCGAGCGGGCACAUCAAGCGGCCCAUGAACGCCUUCAUGGUGUGGUCCCAGCAUGAGCGCCGCAAGAUCAUGGACCAGUGGCCCGACAUGCACAACGCCGAGAUCUCCAAGCGCCUGGGCCGGCGCUGGCAGCUCCUCCACGACUCCGAGAAGAUCCCCUUUGUCAGGGAGGCCGAGCGCCUGCGCCUCAAGCACAUGGCUGACUACCCCGACUACAAGUACCGGCCUCGGAAAAAGGGCAAGGUGGGCACCGGAGCAGCCCGGCCCCGGCUCCCAGUGAAGAUCAAGCCCUCCGUGUUGGGCCGUGUCUCUGCCAGCCGCAGGCAGCCCGCCAAGCUGCCCACCGGCCCAGACACCCCGCAGGAGCCCGCACCAGAGGUGCCCGCUGAGGACAGCCCUGUGGUGCCCGGCACGGCUGCCUGGCACCCGGCACCCGACGGGGAGCACAGCCCCCAGGAGUCCCCUGCACCCCUGAGCCCUACCACACCCUGCCUGGAGCCAGGGAGGUCCUCUGAGAGCGGGUCCCCUUCUCCCAUGUCGGCUGGGUCCCCUCCCUCUUCCUUCAGCUCCUCCGACGAGGAGCUGGAGGAAGAGCUGCUGGGGAUCAUGCCCGGGCGGGCGCCUGCCAGUGCCACCUGUGGUGCCCUGGACUGGUCCGUCUUCGACAAGGACCACGACCUCUACCCGCGGGGAGGCUCCUCGCACUUCGAGUUCCCGGACUAUUGCACGCCCGAGGUGACGGAGAUGAUAGCAGGGGACUGGCUCAUGUCCAGCAUCUCGGACUUGGUCUUUACCUACUGAGUCCCACGCUCUGCAGGAAUCAGGUAUUUUGCCUUGAAGCUGCUGGAAGGCAGAGCCCCUGCUCCCCCCACCCCCUGGCACACACCCAUUCUCCAUCCGUCUGUCUGUCGGACUCUCGCCUCGUGCCCGCGGGACGCAUGGCCGCCCACCGCGGUUAUUUGCCCGUGAAAUGCAUCUCAUCGGGAUUUCAUUGUCACACCCGGCCACCUUCCCCCAUGGCCCCGGUGCUGACAGCCAUGGCUGCUCCCGGCCGCUCCCAUCUCUGCCAGCACCGUGUGCCCUCCCGCUCUCCAGGAGGCAGGAGCAUCCACGCCACCCCAGCUCUUGGUGUCCACCCCAUCUUCCCCAUCCCUUGGAGAAUGGCUGAUUCCGUUUGGUUUUUGACUGCAUUGAACACAUGGCUUCAAUUUUCUCCUCUUCCUCUUUGCAGCCCUUGGGGAGGGAUGCCAAGCCAUGCCAAACUGCCCCUUCCCAACUCCCUAUUUUGUGAGGGGUCCCUGGCUGGGGGGCUCAGUGUCCCACAGCAGUGUCUCCUUCCCUGUGGCGCGUGCUCCCCGCCACUCGCUUUGGGAAGAGUGAAGUUGCACACACGUGACGAGCACGUGGGCACGGGAGGCUGUGUUGUUUCUCUUGCCAGGCAGUUGUGCAGGGAAAGCUGUGCCAUGGAGGGAGCCUGUGUCUGGAGUCACCCCCAAAUUGUAUGGGGACCAGCCCUUCACUAAGCAGCCAGCCCUCAUUUUAACCUUGGAGCCUGUGCUCGUGUGGGACGUGCUCCGGGCUGGCUGACCUUGGCCAGUGGAACCAGGUGUCAUUGUGCCCAGCCGUGGCGUGUGGUGCUGUCAGGAUGGCAGGGAGUAGCACGGAAGGGCACAGUGGCAGGGAAGGAUAGCUUUGGGAAAUCUGCCUUAAGCAACCACCCAAACUGGUCCAAGAGCAGCUGCAGGCAGUGCUGGUGGGCGUGUGGGUGAUGCUCUGGCACAGGGCUCCUCCACACAGCACCACGCUGGGCUCCGCUGCCGGCCACGCCAAAAGCAGGGACAUGCUGGCAGGGAAGAUGCUGCUGCAGCGGCUCCUCCAGCUGGGAUUUUCUUUGCUUUUCCUAAUGGCUCCUUCCUGCUACAGCCGCCUCCUCCCAUUGCCGGGAGCACGUGGCUGCAGUGCUGGCUCGGCAGCUGCCGCAGGCUGUGGUUGGGGGGGCAGGGGCUGCGCUCUGGUACAGCUGUGCUGGGUGGGGACCCCACACAUCCCUGGGGACGUGGUCAUGGCUGGGGCUGGCAGCGUCUGCAGGAGCUGUACUGGGCUUGGCAGCAACCGCUGCUUGAAGCAGCCCCUGCACUUCCCCAUGACCCCAAUUCCCCAAGGGCUCUGCUUUGUGGGGGCCCCUCGGACCCUUCCCAGCCUGUGGGGUGCUGACGGCAGCGGAGCACCCACUGCCUGGGGCUCUGCCUCCCUCUUUUGGGGCUGCCGGUUUCCCCAGUCACAGGCUACCCCGAGCCUGCCCCUUGCUGUCAGGCUGGACUGAGCCGUGACCAGGGGAAGGACAUCCCCCUCCCAUGUCCUGGUAUCCCCUGAGGGUGCCUCGGAGUAGGUGCCUGGCCCUGCUGCUGGAGCUGCUGGUGGCCCUGGCUCAGCCGUGGGGAUAGGCACUGCAGCGCAGGGAGAGGUGUGUCCUUGGGCUCUUUGCAGGGAUGCUUGGUGUCCCCCAGCCCAGUCCCUGGGAGCCCCUCGAGGCCCCCCGCGAUGGUCAACCAUCAGCAGUGUAGAUGUGUCGGUGUGUAGCGGUAGCUGUGCGUGUGUGUUGGCAUUAGCCACGGUGUUUCGGUACCCCCGUGCGGGUGCCAGCCUGCGGAACCAGGCGGGCAUCACGCAUCAGACACGUGUUCCCUGGAUAGAGCGCGUCCUCUUCUCUGCGUCCCCUCCCUCCCCGGCCGUCCCCCACCGGAUCCAGUCCCGCCCCCAAAGGUGGAAAAGCCAAAUAAGCGCCGGGACAGUCGUGAUUCUGGCAGCCUGCUCCCAGAAUUUGCCUUCCCACCCCCUGGGCAGCCCCGUGCCAGGAGCAUCUGAAACCCCCUCCCAUGUGUGAGCCGGGUUUGGGGUUCCCGUGGGGUCCGGCAGCCCUAGAGUUCUCUUGACACACACGGAUCUCACCCAGCACCUCGGUGCCUUCUUGGGGUGCACAGGCACCCCAUGCUGCAGCCAGGGGUUCUCAGGGAGGGCACCCUCAGUCACCUCAGUCACCUGCCCUCCAUCCCUGUCCAUGGGGACGCCAAAGCCCCCAGGUACCAGCAAGGCCUGAGGCCACACUGAGGGUCUCACAUCACACAUGUGCUUUGCUGAGCCUGCAGCUCAGGGCUCAGCUUCCAUUCCUAGGGGGGACACGGGUCCCGGUGAUCCCCUACGUGCUGUGCAUCACCCUUGAGCCAGGGUGAUCCCUCUACAGACUGUCAGGCGAAAUAUUUCCUCAGGAGCAGGUUCUGGGUCAGCGCCAGAACCAGAGCCAGCGCCAGGGUCUCCAGCCCUGGCCGCAAGCACAACAUCAUCCGCUUUGUCCCCUUCCUCACCCCUGUCCCCUCCUCGAGUCUCGCCGGGUGUGUUUGUCAGGGAGAACCGUCGUGGACAGUGGUGGAUUUUCUGUGCCGUGUGGUUGUAGUGCUUAGAGACCCCCCCAGCGUGCGGCCCCCUCCCGCUGCGCCCCCGCUGCCCGGUGCUGGCUGGCAUGCGUGUGCGAGCGUGUGUGCGUGCGCGUGCGACAUCCCGUCAUCACUCCAGACAAAGCGAAUAAUAAUAAUAAUAGUAAUAAUAAAUAAUAAAAAUAAACCAAACCUCUCUCAGGAAGCAGCUGCCCUGGCGGCGGCCGAGUGGGCCGGGGGUCCCCGGAGCUGGCAGGGCCCCAGCGCAGCCUGUGGAUGGGCGCCAGCGCUCGGGGUCACCUUUGUAGUGUUGUGUUAGUGAAGGAUCCCUGUGUCUGUUAUCUUGGAGAAACAGGAUUUUAGCCGAGGGGCAGUGACGACCCCAUCUGGGCCCAUCUUGGGGGUGUGACACGGCUGGCCUUUGCUCUGCAGAACCUCGGCUAACAAUGAUCCUGACUGUUGUGAUUAUGGAAUAAAGUGUGUUGGUCUGCUCUG